AUGAUUCUCGUUGUACUUAUUCUCGCCGCUCUUAUUCCAAUCACUUUCGAACAGAGCACAAAUUGCGUCACAUGCGUCUUCUCAUCGAAUGAGCACGCUGAAGAAACACUAAGCUUUCAUAACUAUAACCAAGCAUCCAAUUCGGAAGAGCUCGGCUUUCUUCCGAAUUAUGAAGGCGAUGGGAAUACGAAUCGGGCAAUCGUCGAUGAUACGCAAAAACUCAACAACGGCUUCUUCAAAAGACACCCGAAAAUGCUGGCAAAACAAACCGCGAAUGGGGUGUAUUACUUCGAAAUCGACGGAGACUCCCUUCAAGCCCCUAAUAAAUCGGCUCACCCAACCGAUUUCAUCCAAUUGAACAUCCAAGCUGACAAUGAGGAAGAAGCGACCAAAAACAUCGUCAGCAUUCUCUCGAAUAUCGAUCCCGAGUAUAUCAGCAAACAACUUCAACCUAGGCAAUUUUCAAUGAUCCUUUUCGUUAUAGGUGUCUCUGGAAACACUGGAACCGCUGGAACCACUGGCUACAACAGUAAUCCUAAUGGACAGGUGAUGCGCGAUGCUAGCGGCUCGGGAUCCUCGAAUGAACCCGGCUAUCUUCCCGAUUAUCAAGGCGACAGAUACACGGAUCCGCAGAGAAUCCUUGACACGCAGGCUUUGAACAAGGAAUUCUUCGACUCGAUCGGCGGUGCCCCAUCUCCGCCACCACUUACUCCAGCUCAACAAGGAAUGGGAGGCGAUGGAACUCAGCAAUACCAAUCGGGAAACGGUGUUCAGUAUCAGCCGACCGGUGGAUAUGGAGCUCAACCGCAACAAACUGGAUACCAACAGCAACAGCCAACGGGAUACAACGGGCAGCAGCAGCAACAGAUCGGCAUGCAGCCGCAGUAUCAGCCAACCGGGCAGUACAAUGGAAUGCAGAGUCAACAGCAAAUGUACCAGCAGCCAGCGCAACAGUACAACGGAAUGCCACAGCAACAGCAGAUGUAUUCGAACGGAUGUCCAAUGUGCAGAUUCCGCAGAUACAUCGUCUAA